AUGGCGCACUACAACACUGUGCGGCAGCUUUGGGAGAGGCGCGCCAGUUGCUGGCAGCAGCCAACUAUGGCGCAGCGUGAGAGGCGGCUGCCUCAGGCUGGAUGGCCCAGCUGGCAGUAUAGAAGCAUAUUCAAGGGCAGCACAUGCAAGGAGACUGGCGCGCUCUUGCAAGCAGCUGGUGUGUAUGGGUAUUUUCCCUCAACAAUCUGUGCACCUGAAGGAAAUCGCAUAUGCUUGGAUUGGCUGACAAUGGAGGAGACUAGUCCACCUGGUAGCUGCAGUUCUGGGGAUACUUCUGAAAGUGCUCAGAUGCCGCUACAAGGCCUGCAGGUGCCGUACGUACGCACGAGCCCCAGUCACUUUGGCGCAAGUCUGAAGGAGCGGAGCAAGCCCGAGCUGACCCGCAUCCUUUCCGAAGGGCAGUACAAAGCCUUCGCCCCUCAAGCCGUCGCUCGGACCGUCCUCAUAGGGAUCAAGCGGGGCGACUUCCAGAUCUCCGUCGGAAUGGACGGCUGGCUGCUGAAGAACCUGAACGCAGCGUCCCUCCCGCAGCCGUACCUGAGCCAACUAGUGGUGGAGAGUUUACUGGCCGGGCUGCUGCGGAUUGUAGUGCAGUUCUACAAGGCGGACUGGCACCGGACGAUACGGAAGUGGCACCAGCAGCAGAAGAAGUGAGAGGACGGAGCCUGUGUCCUUUACGUGGUGUCAAAGUGUCUGUGACGAUUUCUGAGCUUUCAAGAGUCGGUUCUACAAGGCGGCCUGUCACAGGACGUAAAGCCGAAGUGAUGGAGCGCAAGCCUGU